CACGCAUUGGUGAGCAUCACAUAUUUGAUACUAAAGAAAGUGGAAGCUUAAGAGUGAAAACAACAUGGCAAGUAAUGAAUGGAGCCUUCCCUGUUCCUUGUCUACCACACAAGCUCCUUCUAUAUCCUCAGUCAAGCUCGUUCGUGAUGCCAACAAACAGGAUACCCCAUUUAGAACUCCACCUACUUUCAACCCCACACCUUCUUUUACUCAUGAAUUUAUCCACUCCCUGCCAAAAACUCUUCCCAGAGAAAUUCUGCAAGAAAGAGCAGCAGAGUUGGAGGAGAAAGUACGACUUAUGAUGGAUGCAACGGACAUGGAACCACAAAGCCUACUUGAACUGAUUGAUGAUAUUGAACGCUUGGGACUGAUCUUCAGGUUCCAAGACUGGAUAAACAAAGCCCUUCUCACACUUGUUUCGAUUGAAAACAUCAUACACCGAACCACAAAAACUCUUCAUGAAACCGCUCUUCAUUUUCGAAUUCUCAGACGACAUGGCUUUCAUGUCUCCCAAGGUACACGAUUUCAACCUUAAUCUGUUAAUCCCUUUUCAUGUCCGCAGCAAAUAAACUUAAUAAUACACGACUUACCAAAUUUUCAAAAUGGUGC